CGAGGAGGGAAAACCUGGAAGAGCGUCACCGGGCGAUGUGACGUACAAAGUAGGCUACUAAAGUCCGUACAAUUAUGAUAUAUGUCUUGGUUAACUCUGUUUGGGGAUUUAACCACUAUCUAACACGCUUGGAAGUUAACACUCCUGGGAUAUAAAACCCCACUUUUCUGGAAUAUCAACACAAGGAAUACUCUGCCAGAUCUCCGGAGUUUUCCUACAAUCUGCCACCGUGGUCCGCUACAUUUCAUGGGUUGAAAAGUUUUAAAAAUAACUGACUAAAAGAGGACUGAACCACAUCACCUUCUCCUCUUACAUCCUGGAAAUAACAUCUUCCCCCCAAUACAAGAAAAAAAGAGUGCAAAGAAGUCUGCGCAGGAAAUUAGGAUCAGUGUCUCCGCCUGGGCAGACUCCAGAGGAUUUAUAUGAAUUUGAGUGUGGAGAGUCUCACCUGAGGCAGGUCUUCAUGCGUCCGACACGCAGCAUGAGGCUCUGAGGAGUAUUUUAAAUAAAGCUGGUUAAAGGAGGAGGUCGAGGAGGAGGAGGAGGAGGAGGAGGAUGGGGAAGGAGCAGGACCUGCUGCAGGCGGCGAAGAGCGGAGACCUGCUGUCCACCCAGAAGCUGCUGUCCAAGCUCAAAGCCAACAGGAACAAGUUGCUGGGCUCCACCAAGAGACUGAAUGUGAACUACCAGGACUCAGACGGGUUUUCGGCCCUGCACCACGCCGCCCUCACAGGAACCACAGAGCUGCUGGCAGCCCUGCUGGAGGCCCAGGCCUCCGUGGAUGUCAAGGACAGCAACGGGAUGCGUCCGCUGCAUUACGCGGCCUGGCAGGGGAAGGCCGACUCGGUCCUGAUGCUGCUGCGUGCCGCCGCCUCAGUGAACGGCGUCUCUCUGGAUGGACACAUCCCGCUGCACCUCGCCGCGCAGUACGGACACUACCAAGUGUCUGAGAUGUUGCUGCAGCAUCAGUCUAACCCCUGUCUGGUCAACAAAGCUAAGAAGACUCCUCUGGACCUCGCCUGUGAGUUUGGAAGAGUCCAGGUUGCCCAGCUGCUGCUGAGCAGUAACAUGGUGGUGGCGCUGUUGGAAGGAGAGAGGAAAGAGCCCACAGACUCCGCCUUCACCACGCCGCUGCACCUCGCCGCCCGCAACGGCCAUAAAGACAUCAUACGUUUGCUGCUGAAUGCCGGCAUCGACAUCAACAAGACUACCAAGUCUGGAACGGCUCUGCAUGAGGCGUCUCUGUACGGGAAGACGGAGGUGGUGCGCCUGCUGCUGGACGCCGGAGUGGAUGUGAACAUCAGAAACACGUACAACCAGACGGCGCUGGACAUCGUCAACCAGUUCACCACGUCGCACGCCAGCAGGGACAUCAAGCAGCUGCUGCGAGAUGCGACGGGCGUCCUGCAGGUCCGAGCGCUGAAGGAUUUCUGGAACCUCCACGACCCGACGGCUCUCAACAUCCGCGCCGGGGACGUCAUCACGGCACCUGAGGCCCCUUUUGACCCGUCUCGUCCCCUGCAGGUGUUGGAGCAGCACGUGGACGGACGCUGGAAGGGCCACAUCCACGACACCCAGAGAGGGACGGACCGCGUGGGCUUCUUCCCCCCCUCCAUCGUGGAGGUCAUCAGCAGGAGAAACGGGGGCACCCUGUCCCGGCACGCCUCUCUGCCCACCACCCGCCAGCAGCAGCUCUCCAGAGCCCCCCUCUCCUCCAGCCUCAGCUCCGCCCCUCAGACCGACGACUCCUACACCCUGUACGCACCCCCUACCCACGUGGUGCUGCCGCUAGCCAACGGCCUCACUACCAACACAGGUUUGUCUCCGGGCCGCCUUUCUCAGUCUGGGUGUUAUUUCGAGGACAUCUGGGUCCUCAGAGACUCGUGUCAUGCUGGAGACAGGAACAGCGUCGGGAGCACCGGCAGUGUGGGCAGCACCCGGAGUGCCGGCAGCGGACAGAGCACGGAGAGCACCAACGCUCCAAACGGACUGCAGCACAACGCCGUUCAUCACGACAACACCCACAAGCCGGCGCCCCCUGCUGUGGACUCUGGACUCUCAGACGGCAGCAAACAGCCAGAUCAGUCAGGUGGGACCCCUCGCAGGCAGACGGUGACGGUGCAGAGACCGGCGGAGCAGGGCUUCACGCAGCAGUUCAUCCGCCCUCAGCAGCUGCUGGAGGGGAAGGAUGCAGAGGCCAUCUAUCAGUGGCUGAGUGACUUCCAGCUGGAGCAGUACAUCGGGAACUUCAUCAAUAACGGUUAUGAUGUUCCCACCAUCAGCAGGAUGACUCCGGAGGACCUGACCGCCAUCGGAGUGACCAAACCCGGACACCGCAAGAAAAUCUCCAUCGAGAUCAACAACCUGAACAUCCCCGAGUGGCUGCCGGAGUACAUCCCAUCGGACCUGGGUGAGUGGCUCAGUGCCAUCGGCCUCCCCCAGUACCAAAGGAAGCUCUCUGAAAACGGCUACGACUCCAUCAGCAUCGUCAAAGACCUCACAUGGGAGGAUCUGCAGGAGAUCGGCAUCACCAAACUGGGCCACCAAAAGAAACUGAUGCUGGCGGUGAAGAAGCUGUGUGACAUCUACCGAGCAAUCCUCCAGGCGGAAUCAGGCCAAGGCACGCUGCGUCGUAAAGGCCCCGGAGCCCUCCACCUGGUGGCCAUCGAGCCGCCCGACUCUGCGGGGGAGUCUCCUCGCACCCCCAAGAUGCUUACCUUCCAGGACAGCGAGCUGAGCGCCGAGCUGCAGAGCGCCAUGUCCAGCCACUACGGAGGCUGCGAGGAAGGCCUGGCCUUCAAGAACGCAGUGGGGAUGUCCCAGAGCCAGGAGAGCAUGGACGCCCGGUCCAGAGGCUCCGGGCGCUCCCAGGAGCCCCCCACCGCCUCCAUCAACCCCCACAGCUGGUCGCAGGAGAGCCUGGAGGGCAGCCCGGCCAGGGAGAGGAACCUCCCCGAGGGCUGGGACCAGCGGCCCCUGCAGCAGCAGACGCUGCCCAAGCAGGUUCCUCUGGGCACGGCCACCGUGUUCAAGUACCCGGCAAUUCCAGCCAAGCCUAAACUGCCUGGGUCCCCUCGGGGCCCCUCCCCUCACGGCUCCCCAGCGCUGAAGGGUUUCAGCUACUUGCAUUCUCACUGUGGCUCCACAGACUUGAGCUCGAGGCAGGAGAACUACAGCAUGACAUUGACACCCCCUAAAAAACGCGCCCAAACCCGCUACGCUCUGUCUGAUGGGGAGCCAGACGAGGACGAGUACGAGCCGUCGAGUCGCUGUAGAAACCUGUCGUCCUACGCCACCUUGACCCGCAAACCGGGUCGCAGCCAUCUGGCUCGAUUGCAGUCGAGUCCAGAGAAGAACGGCAACGUGGGACGCAGCCAGUCCUUUGCGGUGCGUGCCCGUAAAAAAGGUCCCCCUCCUCCGCCUCCGAAGAGACUGAGCUCAGUGAGCAGCACCAACAGCGACGAGCUCAGCGACAGCAGCACCACGUCCUCUGUUGGCGGGGGGGUAACGGACAGCCCGGUGAGCGUGAGGAGCAUCGCAGCCUCUCUGGAGGGCAGGACGGAGGGGAAAACCCCCAGCUCAGAGGAGGCUUCCCCUUCACACAGCGCUGCAGGGCAGGAGGCUGCGGGGGUGAGGAGGAGGGUGCAGAGCGAGUGUAUUCCAUCUCAGACCCACAGCGUCCCGGUGCCGGAUGGGGGGGUGAAGUCUGACACGGAGGAGGAAGACUCAAAAGGCUGCAGGCUGGAGGGCUCCUCCUCCCCUCAGAACAGCUCCAGUGAGUGUAUCCCCUUCGCAGAGGAGGGUAACUUGACUAUCAAACAGAGACCUAAAGCCCCCGCUCCCCCCCGAGCUGAGGCGGUGCUGGAGCCCCCAGAGGCACAAGCAGCCAAGGACUCAGAGCUGCCAGAGUUUAACCUGAAGGAGUCGGACACGGUGAAGCGCCGGCACAAGCCAAAAGACAAGGAGCAAGGAGAAGGCUCCCCCAGCAGAGAGAGGCUGGAUUCAGAGUCCUGCAGCAGCAGGCCCCCCUCCCAGUGCCAGGACCAGGACCAGCUCAGCCUGAGGAUCAGUGAGGCCCGGCUGGAGAGGCCUGCCAGCCCGGCAACAGGAUCCUCCAUCAGACCUCCCCUCUCUCCCAAACCUGCCGUCGCCCCGAAGCCGGUCCGCCACAGUCUGCUGGCCGCACAGGCAGCGGGACUCUCCUCUCAAUCUGUGACCAUCAGUGUGGUUCAGAGUGUGGCCUUCACCUCUCCGUGCCCCCCCUCUCACGGGUCCCUGGCUCCGUGCUCCCCGGCCCGCCCGGCCCCUCAGAGCCCCUCUCUGGCAGCAGUGAGGCCUCAGGUGUGUGCGGUGGUUCCGGGUCCGGCACCCGACUCGUCCUCUGGGACUGAGGUGGUUCAGCAGAGACUGGAUCAGACCAGCACGUCGCUGGCAGCCGCUCUGAAGGCCGUGGAGAGAAAACUGAACCUGGAAGAAAACUCCGAAGGGGGAUCCAACCAGGUGAAGUCCGCAGGGACGAUCCUGGACGACAUCGGCAACAUGUUCGACGACCUGGCCGACCAGCUGGACGCCAUGUUGGACUGAAGACUUUCAUCAAAGCCUCAACCUCAGGAAGUGAAGGAGUGUGGGUAAAAAGAACGUUUGACUCUGAACUACAUGCUGAACGCAGUCCGAGGAGAACACCAGCACAGCUGUGCGUCUUUUGACUACGUCCUCCGCUGUGUCUCACACAAUCUGGACUCAAGACUUUUGUGUCGUCGUGUUUUUUAACAGAAACUUUAACCAAGCAAAAGUUGGACCAGCGGUACUUCAUCAGAAAGUCCGCCGCAAAUGAUUAAGGUUAUUGUUAAACUAAUGUUGUUACUCAAAUAUUUAUCAUUAUGACAUAAUAGAGAGCUGAAGUCCCUUCUAGACUUUAUUUCAAAAAGGUUUAAUAGAAAAUAAAAAUGAACUAUGCACGCAAAGGAAAGAAAAAGGUUUAUUAUUAUUAUUAUUAUUAUGAUAAUGGCACAUUAACUUAAAUAUAUAUACAAAUAAAAUAGGGGAAAAUAUCACAAAAUAAUUAUAAUAAACCUUGCCAAGGAUAAAAAAAAUUGACAUUAGAACAAAGUUAAUAAAUAAGUACACAAAUACGGAAGAGGAUUAGGGUCAUCUUUGGUUUGGUUCUGAGUUUUAAAGUCAGAAUUCUGAAUUAUUUCUUUUACUGAAAAUCUCAGAAUUCUGUAUUUGGUCUGGUGGCCUGAAUCCUCUUCCUUACACAAUUACUUAAAAAUAAUGGAACAAAUCAAAUCAAUUGAAUAAUAUUUUAAAAGAAACACACGCUUUCUGACUCGUGGAACACUUUGGCUCUCUAUCCAACAUGUCUGACCAUUUCAAAUGUUACCUUUUUGUAAUAUUUAAAAAAAAAACAUUUCUUUUAUACCAAGUGAUCUUAACCGUGUGCGUUCGUCCUCCGUUCGUUUGUGUCGUUCAAACUGAAACCUGUAAAAGUGCUCGACCAUGUUCACACAAAGGGAAGCAUGUUCAGUGAUAUACAGACUAUUUUUUGAUAUUCAUUAUAGCCAAAUUAGUAUUUAAAUUAGAGUUAUCUAAAUAUGUAUAUUGUACACUAGAGUUAUAUACAGGAGCAGAUAUUCAACCAAAGUCUUUGUACAUAUUUUCCUCAAAUAUUUUCACAAAAAGAUGUUUAUGAAGCGAUAUGUUCACGGUGCAGCCUGCAGCAGCGUCUGGAUAUUCAGCUCUAUCUAAACAUGAUUCAUUUGUGAAAGUGACAGUUAACUGGUGCGCGAUCAUGUGAAUGAAUGUGUGUGAAUGCCAUGCUUUGUGUGUGUUUUUAUCUCGAGGCUCAGGAACAUCCAGCAAUGGAAAAAACUACAAUAAAUCCAAUAAAGAAGAAAAUAAAUGUUGGCAGAGUCUCUGCAGCCUCCACAUUCCUAAAAUAUGAAUUUAUUGUCUUCAUAACAAACCAGAAACGUCCUGCUGGUGUUGAUCUGUGGACGGUUGGAUGGAGCAACAAAAGGGAAAAAGAGCAAUUCUUUUUACUUUAAUCAUUUCUUUUCAUUUUUCUUAAUCAUCCUUAGCAAUUUCUUAAAGGUAUAAUACAUAUCUUCCACAUUAAAAUAACUAACAACGACUAAACACUUGAAUUGUGUACUUCCAUUAUUCCAUUAUUUUUUUUUUUUAGAUUUGUCAUUUUAAUAAAGGUAAGUUGUGUUUCAUUCGACAUAUUAGGGCAAAAAAUAAAUACAUUACAUUUCAGAGGGGAGAGAGGUCAUAUCUUGGAAGCGUCCUAGAUUCAAUUAGUCAAUUUAACAUUUCAGUGAAAGGAAACUCUCACUUCCGUAAUAGAAAUUGUCAAUUUAAUUAUUCGUAAAAUAAAUAACACAUUUUCUAAAUCUUCAAUAUAUUAUUUUGGGGAAAGAAAAUAUACAUUUCCAAGAUUGAAUCCUGAAAUGUAAUAUUUGGGAGGAAGAAUUACACAUUUAUUUUAAAAAGUAAUACCUUAUGUGAAUUAUUUAUUAUUUUUAAAUAGGCUUUUGAACCUGUCACAGCUCUACAGUAGCUUAAAUAUCAGACUGCAUAUUAUUGGAGGUGUGUGUGUGUGUGGGUAUGUGUGUGUGUGUUUUUUUAUUUUGAUAUUCUCUGUCCUCCCUGGCUGUAUUAUGUUUAACCAUUAAAUGUCUGAUGUUAA